AUGCAUAAAAAAAUCGAACAACUAUUUCUUCUUCUACUUUUAAUGCUAAAAAUUAUUUCAAUAAAAAGUCAACAACAACAAUGUCAAACAAUAACAUAUUAUGAAUGUAAAAAUAUUGGAUAUAAUGAAACAUAUCUACCUAAUAAAUUUAAUCAUCAAGAUCAAAAAGAUGUUGCACUCGUGAUCAAUCAAUUUACAGCUUUAUUUGCUGUUGGAUGUUCAUCUGAACUUCGUUUUUUACUUUGUUCAAUUUAUAUGCCAUUAUGUUUACCAAAUUAUUCAGAAACAAUAUUACCAUGUCGUGAAGUUUGUGAACGUGUUCGUACACCAUGUGAAUCAUAUUAUAUACAAUAUGGUUUUCUAUGGCCUGAUGCAUUAAAAUGUGAACAAUAUCCAUCAAUUAAUGAAAAUCCUAUUUGUAUGGAUCCAAAAAAAAAUGAAGCUUCAUCAAAACCUCUAUCGAAACCUCGUUCAACAUCUCAAACAUCAUGUUGUCAAUGUAAUACAUCAUUAGGUUAUCGUACUGAAUCAAAAGGAAAAUGUAUUCCACCAUGUUAUUCACCAUAUUUUUCUGAUGAACAAUCAAAAUCAAUAAUAAAUAAAUGGUUAAUAUUCUUAAGUUUAUUAUGUACAGUAUCAUGUGCAUUUGUUUUAUUAACAUUUUUUAUUGAUAUAACAAGAUUUAAAUAUCCACAAAGGCCAAUUAUAUUUUUGGCUUUAUGUUAUUUUUUUAUUUCAUGUGGUUAUUUGCUACGUUUAGGAUUAGGACAUGAAAAUGUGGCAUGUCGAUUAGAUAAUGAACUUCAUCCACCAUCUUAUGUUCAACUUGUUCGUGUGUCUGGUCCUUCAAAUUGUGCAUUUGUUUUUGUUUUAAUAUAUUUUUUUGGUAUGGCUUCAUCAAUUUGGUGGGUUAUAUUAACAUUAGCAUGGUUUCUUGCUGCCGGCUUUAAAUGGUCAUCUGAAGCUAUAGCACAUUAUUCACUUUAUUAUCAUCUUAUUGCAUGGCUUUUACCAUGUUUUCAAACAAUAACUAUUCUAAUAUUAAAUGGUAUCGAUGGUGAUCCAAUAAGUGGCAUAUGUUAUGUUGGACAUACAGAUUCAACAAUGUUACGUCGUUUUGUUAUAAUACCAUUAAUAACAUUUUUAACAAUUGGAACAAUAUUUUUAUUAUGUGGUUUAAUAAGUUUAAUGCGUAUAAGAAAUGUUAUGAAAAUACAAGAUCGAACAAAAACAGGUAAAUUAGAAAAAUUAAUGGUUCGUAUUGGACUUUAUUCAAUUCUGUAUACUGUACCAGCAACAUUUGUUAUUGGUAUUUAUUUUUAUGAACUUCGUUAUCGUAGAAUAUGGGAAGAAAAUCUUCAUUGUCAUAAUUGUCCUAAUCAAUCUUAUUCAUCAUGGAUUAUGCAACCAAAUUUUACAAUAUAUAUCGCAAAAUAUUUUUUCUUAUUAAUUGUUGGUAUAACGACAGGUUUUUGGAUUACUUUAAAUAGUAAAACAUUAUUAACAUGGAAAAAUUUCUUUUGUCGUUGUUUAUGUUGUAAGACUAUAGAUGAAAAUCAUUCAUAUCAUUAUGGUAAUUGUCAUGGACGAGAUGCUUAUGGCAUAAAUUAUUCAUAUAAACAUACGAAAAUUAAUGGAAGUAAAUAUUCACUUCCAUCAUCUAAACAAUUACCUUUAGUACAUGUAUAA